AUGCCAAAACAGCCUGUUCCGGCGCCGCCGCCACCCGUCUGUAGAGAGUCUCUGGGCUUAUCCCCCGCAGUGCUCGCCAAGCGGGAUAUCAUUAAGCAAUCCCUUUGGUGUCCAAAUCCGUCUAACAUUGAGUAUGAUCGAUACUCAGAUCCAGCUUGUCCAAAAACAAUACAUUAUAGGCACGUCGUGAAAGCUGACGAAGUUAUCCGUGAGAUUAUUAACACUACUCCACUCAUGAAAUCAAAAACAUGUGAAAAAUUUGGCAUGGAAUUAUACUUCAAGCUAGAAACCGUUCACUUUACUGGAACUUUCCACGAGCGAGCGGCGAUAUAUGCUUUACUAAUGUUAACUCCUGAACAGAAGAGAGGUGGUGUCUACACAGCAUCCGUGGGCAAUUGGGCCCAGUCUCUGGCACAUCAAGGGCAAUUACUGGACAUCGCAGUGACGGUGGUACUCCCCUCGUGGACUGCUAACUCUAUUGUUGCCCAUUGUCAGGAAUAUGGCGCCACUGUCGUGCUCUGUGGUAAAACCAUACUCGAGGCCAAAAAACGCGCUUUUAAGAUGAUACACGACCAAGGUCGUAUUGGAACUUACAUAAAUGGAUAUGACCACCCUAAUGUAAUAGCUGGUGCUGGUUCUAUCGGUAUUGAAAUAUUGGAACAAUUGCCCGACACUGACGCAAUCCUCAUCCCUAUCGGUGGCGGGGGACUGAUUGCGGGCGUGGCCACUUUUGUCAAGCACGUUAAACCAAACAUUCUGAUAUACGGCGUAGAGACCGGUAAAAGCUGCAGUUUUGCAAAAGCUAUUGAUUACAAGAGCCCCUACCUAAUUGAACCCGAAAGGGGUUUAGCUGAAUCAUUGACCGUCCCUAAAGCUGGUGAAAAUGCUUUUCAUACGGCGAGGUCGCUCAUCGAUAAACUGAUAUUAGUCCAUGACGACUGGACUGCACGAGCAAUUUUACAUCUCAUGGAAGAAGAAAAGGUAAUUGCAGAAGGAGCCGGUGCAAUCAGUUUAGGAGCACUCAUGUCCAUGCCAGAUAUACUUCCAGAGUUAAAAGGCAAAAAAGUGGUGUGUAUCGUGUCUGGAGGUAACAUGGACAUAUGGCCUUUACAACGGGCUAUCGCACAUGGGAAGGCAGUUGAAGGUCGAUGUAUCGCGAUAACCAUGCGGCUGAUGCCUGGAAUGGAAAAUUUACGAAACAAAAUUUUAAGAGUAAUUCAGAACAUGAAAUGCAAUGUAAAAUUUUGCGAAACGCAAAAGAAUUGGCUUGACGAAGAUAAAAUACUUGAUACAGACGUAAGAUAA